AUGACCUCCAAAUCGGGCUCGAGAUGGAAUUUCCUGCAGCAGGCUGUCGCCUCUGUCGAGUCGAGGCUGGAUGAUAUUCUCGCCGAAGACGCCGACCGUCCCAAACGAACGCACACUCCCGCCCAUAACAAGAAGCGUAAGAACUCCUCGCAGGAUCUCCUUGCAACGGCUGAUGUAUUCGUAGCCUCCUCCGACUUGUCUAGAAGUAGCAGCACUGCCUCUGCCUCGAAUGAUCGACUUCAGGAACGCCUCGCUCGGGCGAUGGCAAAGAAGAAUGUUAGUCGUACGGAAAGUCCAGUCCCUACACAGGAACAAUCGUCGAGACCAGCUUCACGAGGGGGAGAUGUGUCUACUUCGCUCUCAGAUGCUACCAAUGUGGUAGAUUCGCCUCCUUUAAAUACCGAUCAAAUAGACCUCGCGCCGCGAACUUCCAGUGACGUGGGCGAGAGCGUGAGGCAGGAUGUGGGGAGUGAUAUACCAGCAUCAUUGAACCAGGCUAUCGUCGAGCAAGAACGACCUAGAGCGGCAGCUAUAGUCAUGGAACAGCCAGAUCAGGAUGCACCACGUUUUUCAGCAGAAAGCCUAAGACACAGUCAGGCUGGAUCGAAUAGAGUGUCUGAAGAUGUGCAGCGAACUAACGAAGAUGAUGGACUAAAACUUGAUAAUGAUGACACAAGGGAAAUACAAGAAGAAAUGGGCACUUAUCUAGAACGCAUUGAUGCGCUCCGAAGGAAUCUUGAGAGACUAGGUCAAGAAGUCGCCGAAUCAGCCCAAAAAGCUGCCGAAUCUGCUAAGCAGGGAGCUGCUUCAGCAGAAGCAGGAAGCUUGGAGCAGAAGCUCUUACAAAAGGAUGAGCAAAUAGCUGUCCUGAUAGAAGAAGGCACCAGAUGGUCAAAGACGGAAUUGGAUCUUCGAAACAUGCUGAAGAAAGUUCGAGCUCAAGCCUUGACCACUACAAAAGAACAAGAAGCUGCGAGACAACGCGCAGACCGAGCUGAACGUGCUCUAAGAAAUAUGGAGGACCGCGCCAGGAAGGCUGAAGCUGCAAGCAAGCGUGCAGAACAAAGUCUAGCAGCCCAUGCUGUUGCGGCAAAGGACGUUGAGGCAAUGCGGAAAGAGCGUGAUGCUUUGAAUGCUACCCUUGCGGAAAUGAAAUCGCAACUGUCCAAAGCCAAUUCGCGAGCCGAAGCCGCGGAGAGCAAAGUGCAAUCCGAGCAGUGGGAGAAGGAAAGGCGGAGAAUUGUCGAGCUGCAAGAUGAUUUGACCGUUGCAAAAGUCGAGCGUGAAAUAUCGGAAGGGAAAUUGAAGAAGGAGAUCCAUGACUUACGAGGCGAAUUAGAGAAACAAAAAGAGCGGACUCACGCUAUGGAGACCGAAAUGUUGAGCGAACAAGCCAUCCUGGAAAGCAAACUCGAGUCUUUUCGUGUUCGAGCUGAAGAAGCUUCCUCAGCAGAUCACGGUCACGCACAAGCUAAACUCCUUCGACAAAUCGAAGCAUUGCAAACCCAGUAUACCACGGCGAGCCAGAAUUGGCAAGGGAUCGAGAGUUCGCUCCUCGGUCGUAUCACGAACCUAGAAAAAGAGCGCGAUGACGUUGUGAGAAGUGAGGCAGAGCUGCGGAAGAAGUUGCGAGAAGCUACAUUGAGGUUGAAGAAUGCUGAAAGGGAGCUGGCCAACACUCAAAGUAACUAUGCGGAUAUGGAUAAAUCACUGGCAGAUGCGAACGCUGAAACACUCCGGUUACAACGAAAAGUGACUCAGCUUGAGACGGACCUGGCAAAUGCUUUGAAAGACGUUGAAGAGCAGAAAGGAAAUUCGGAGAGGGAGUUGCAACGAAGAAUCGACGAAGAGAAGUCCAAAUGGACAGCUGCUCUGCAUAUCCAACGCACGGAUUCUCCAGCGGCGUCGAUUCGCAAGAAUUCGGGCCUGGCAUUCGACAUUAAUCAUCUCAUGAGCCCAACCCAGUAUGAGCGAGGUAGCAGUCGGCGACCCUCCAUCAUGCCCAAUGCAUUCGACUCGAACACUCCGCCUCGUCAACAGUCUACUACAUCCUUCCGUGGUCUGGUCAACGGCUCCAUUGCGGAAACGCCGUCUGGGGUGACGUCCAUGGAUCCAGACGAAUAUUUUGCCAAUAUCCCUCCUACCCCCCUGACCACAAGCCACCACUCUCAACGUGGAGGUUUGAACGAUCUAAUCUCCACUUCAACCGUUGGCGCUGGUCCUUCCGUGCAAUUGGUCGAACGAAUGUCGGCCAACGUUCGUCGACUCGAAAGUGAAAAGGCCGCUUCUAAAGACGAGCUCGCACGCCUCACUACUCAACGCGACGAAGCAAGGCAGGAAGUCGUCAGUCUGAUGCGGGAGGUUGAGGCGAAGCGGAAGAUCGAGGAACGGUUGGAGGCGCUUGAGAAGGAGCAUGCCAGUCUCAGUGCAAGGCAUCAGACCACCUUGGAACUGCUGGGGGAGAAGAGUGAGGAGGUAGAGGAGCUGAAGGCCGAUAUUGUCGAUGUCAAACAGAUGUAUCGACAGUUGGCGGAUACGAUGAAAUGA